AUGCCGAAAGCCACCAAGUCAAAACCCACCACCCAGCCAUCCAAGCCGGUGCUUUCAAGUGCAGAAAAGGCGGCUCGACGCGCACACGCUACAGAAUAUAAGAACGCCAAGGCAUCGACUGUGGAAUCCACUCUCAAAGGGCCCCGCUAUCACGAUGAGGACGAUGAGGAUGGUGGUGAUGACGAGGGUGAUUGUGCGGGUGAGGGCGAAGGCGAGGGCGGUGGUGAAGAAGAUGGAAAUGGUGAAGAGGAAGAGAAUGAAAAUGCCAACGCGUUUGUUGAGUUUGAGGCACCCAAACAGCCGCCUUACAAGUCAAAAUGCGGCCAAUUUAUCUAUAUACCCAAUGAAACCGGCGAAUACACCAAGUUCUCAAUACUCGAACGGCCACAAGGAAAAUUGAAAGGACUUACGACACACAUGGAGUUGGAUGGCCGAGAGAACAAGGACCUCGUCAAGGGGAUCCAGAGUACCGUCCGGUCAAUUACACUCCAUGUAGCUCGAAACAUCAAGGAUUGCACAUACCCCAAGCUCGCUGAGGAACAGCGGUCGUUCAUUAUGAUCCAAGCUCGUAACAAAUACCCAUACCUUGCACGCUUCCGCAACAACUGGGUUACAAAAGAGCUCAUUAUUCGAUCACUAACCAACAAACGCGACCACCAGGCACGGAUCAAGAAGGCUGGGGGGCAAGCAGCUUGGUGCGACAAGCUUAAGGCACAACGCGAGGAAAAGAAAUUGGGAAAAACGAACAAGUCAACGGGAGGCAGGUCAGACGCAAAGGGGAAAGGAAAAGAGCGAUCGGAGCCCGAUCCAUCCGAGCACGCCAACCAAGCUAAAGGACCAUCAAAAGGAAAACAACCUGACGAAGAGGGUGGCGAUAAGUCUGAUAGCGAAGAGGAAGUCAUCUCAGUCCCAAAGCCAUCAAGUUCAAAGCACAAGAUCACUCGCCGGAUUGAGGAUUCUGAAGAUGAGGCUGGUUGUGACAACGAACCAACUUUGGCUUCCAAACCCUCUUCAUCGAAGCCGGGAUCGAAUGAAGUCGAGGCACCAAAGCCAGCAACAAGGCCAACCACUCCCGCAGCCGCCGAGAAUGGUGUCAACUCAACUCCGAUCCUAACAUCGGCUACGUCGAAGCGAGCGGCAGAAGACAAUGGGCAUCACGCCCAGAAGAAGGUUCGAGUUCGACCUGUCGCAGAGUCAGAAGAGGAAGCCGCCGUUAGCGAGGAGCCUACCCCAGCCCCGCAACCCUCCAUUCUAGCCCGGGCUAAGGCUAAGGCUAAGGCUAAGGCACAGGCAAAAGCCAAGGCCAUGGCAGCGGCGGCGGCGGAGGCGGCAGCAGCUGAAGCGGCAGCAGCGGCAGCGGCAGCAGAGGUAGCAGCAGUGGAUUCGGACUCGGAGUUGGAGUUGGAACUGGAGCCAGAACUAGAAGCGACUACAAAGGCGGUGGAAACACAGCUGGAUUGCCCAACUGUUAGCUCUACAGCGACCUUUGGUACUCCAACCCACAUCACAGAGCACGACACAGCACCCACACAGAACCCAGUCAUACGCAUCCCAACGCCUUGUGCGACUUCUCCUCACCCUCCUGCUCUCCCUAGCGAUCAGGUCCGAAAUGCCAUCCUCGAUUCAAGCGUCACGCAAGAGCCCCAGCCUUCCACCAAGAAAAACACAAGAGCAGGGCGCCGAGCUAAACAGGAACUGAUUGACAAUGCCGAUAGUCUGCUCGGGACUCCAGUACCUGCUCCGCCCAAGAGACUAACUCGGGGAAGUGCCAAAGGCAUUCGAGCUUGA